AUGAAGUUAAUAUUCAUAUUGGGGGCCUUGGCAUUGACCCUCAAUCAACUGGCUGCGGCUAAAACCCACAAUGUAAUCUGUUAUUAUGAUACAUCCAGUGUAAUGAGAACAGGUCCAGCAAAUUUCACCACCCAAGACUUGGAAAUCUCACUACAACUAUGUACACACAUUGUCUAUGGUUAUGCUGCCAUGAGAGCUUCCACCUUUGAGCUGGUUCCGGGUGAUAAACGUCAAUUACCGCUGUUCCAACAAGUUAAUUACUUAAAGAAGAGAUUCCCCCAUGUGAAAUUCCUUCUAAGUUUGGGUGGCAACAUGGACACAAAGAAUCGUGACAAAUAUAUGCGACUCUUGGAGAGUAAUCGUGAUCAACAGCGUGCCUUCAUCAAUUCAGCAUUGGGCUUUGUGCGUAAUUAUCAGUUUGAUGGUUUAGAUUUGGCCUAUCAAUUUACAGAGGAUAAGCCAGUGAUGAAGGAGUCUCUAUUCAAUAAAGUUUACUCAGCUGCCAAGGAUAAAGUGAUCAGUAAUUUAGAAGGGGGUAAAAGUCAAAAGAAGUUGGUAUCAGUUGCGGAACGUAGAAUUCAGGUUACCCAAUUGAUUGGUGAUUUGAAACAGGCCCUUAGGAGUAGCAAUCUGCUAUUGUCUUUAACCGUUUUGCCCAAUGUCAAUGCAAGCCGUUAUUUCAAUAUUCCCGUUAUAAUGGGCAAUUUGGAUUUUGUAACAUUGGCCACAUUCGAUUACAGCACCCCACAACGCACUCCAAAGCAGGCUGACUAUUUGGCUCCACUGCAACCAUUGCCAGCGAAUAAACUACGCAAUCCCUAUAACAAUGUGGAUAGCCAAGUAAGCUAUUGGCUGCGUCAAGGUGCCGCUGCGGACAAAUUGAAUAUUGGCGUUGCUGCCCAUGGUCGUACGUGGCAAUUUAAGAAAUUAUUGAAAUCGGAUAAAAUGCCCAUUACCUCAUCAUUAGAUGGUCCAGCUGCUGGCGAUUUAAAAACUCGCCGUAAUGGUCUUUUAAGUUGGCCCGAAGUUUGCAAUAAUAUCAAAACUAUGAUUAAAUUCGAAGAUAAGACCCUUGGCAAUUAUGCCCAUCGUGCUCCACAGGUUAAGGGUUCAUCUGGCCUCCUGAUAACAUAUGAAAAUGUACCAAGUAUUGGCGAAAAAGCUCUGUAUGCCAAGAGCCACAAUUUGGGUGGUAUGGCAUUAUUCGAUUUGAGUUUGGAUGAUGUUCACGGCGAAUGUAGUGGUGAGAAAUUUACGCUGUUGAAAACGAUUCGUAAUAAGUUAAUAUAA